UUCACUUAUGAAGCUUAGUGUAGCCAGAUAUGAAAUUCUAGGUUGGAAAUUCUUUUCUUUAAGAAUAUUGAAAAUUGGCCCCCAACCUCUUCUAGCUUAUAAGGUUUCUGCUGAGAGGUCUGCUGUUAGUCUGAUGGGCUUCCCAUUAUAAGUGACCUGGCCCUUCUCUCUGACUGCCCUUAACAUGUUGGGCAUGAUGGAUGAUUGACAUUCAUCCAUCUCAGCCUUAGCCCAGGUCUGUGCCCUUGCUGGAGACAUGUUGCAAUCUUUUGGAGAAGAGGCAUUUUGACUUUCUGAGUUUUCCAUAUCUUUGUAUUCUUUCUCAUCUUCAUGGGUUUAUCUAUCUUUGAUGUUUGAGGCUGCUGACUUUUGGAUGGGGUUUUUGUGGUGUCUUUUUUGUUGAUGUUGUUGCACUCUGUUUUUCUUUUAGCAGUCAGACCCCUCUUCUGUAGGGCUGCUGCAGUUUGCCUGGGGUCCACUCCAGCCCCUAUUCGCCUGGGUCUCUCACAUGCCUGGAGAUAUCACCAGUGGAGACUGUGGACCAGCAAAGAUGGCAGCCUGCUUCUUCCUCUGGAAACUCUGUCCCAGAGGGGCAAUGGCCUAAUGCUAACCGGAAAGCUCCUGUAUGAAGUGUCUGGAGACUCCUGUUGGGAGGUCUCAGUCAGGAGGAGCAGGGUCAGAGACCCACUUAAAUAAGCAGUCUGUCUGUCCCUUGACAGGGCGGGUGUGCUACACUGAGGGGAAUCCCCCUCAUCUGGGCUGCCUUGACUCACCAGAGCCAGCAGGCAGAAAAGACUAAGAUCACUGAUCCACGAUACUGCAGCCAUCCCUCCUCCUAGGGGCUUCUCUCAGGGUUGUCAGUGUUUUGUCCAUUAACCCCUGGCUGACGAUGCUGAGAUUCUCACAGGGAAGCCCUGUCCAGUGAAGAGGAGUGAAUCCAGGUCCCACCCCAUCUCACCAGUGCCAGCAGCAAGGGAAACUGGCCAAUUGGAGCCACAGUGAUGGUGGGCUUCCCUACCUCCUUCCCCCACCUCCUCCCCCACUUCCAGAACUCAAUCUUCUUAGGCAGUUUCUAGCUGCCGGGGGAGGAUUCCAAGCCAGUGGGUUUUAGCUUAUGGAGUUCUGUGAGGACAAGGCUGCUUGGCUGCCUGGCUUCAGCCCCCUCCCCAUGAGAGUGAACAGAUCUCCUGUCUCACGGGAGUUCCCAGAACCAGAAUAUGCAAAUACUCCGGUGUCUCAGUGCUUACUCAAAGUGGCUGCCCACCCAAGCACAGCUUUGUGCUUGGGACCCAAAGCUCUGGUAGCAUGCACUCAGGAGGGGACCUCCUGAUCUAAAGGUUGCAAGGAUCUGUGGGAAAAGCCUGGUUUUCAGGAAGGGGAAGCAAAAUCCUUUACCAUCUCCCUUGGCUGGAGGAGGGAGUUGCCUUUGCCGUGUGCAGCUUCCGGAUGGGGUCUUGCUCCACCCUGUUUUUGCUCACUCUCCGUGGGUCAGGCCAGCCACCUAGUCAGUCCCAAUAAGAGAACUUUGGUACCUCAAUUGAAGAUGCAGAGUUCACUCACAGUUUUCUUCCUUCUCGGUGGGAGCUGCAGAGCAGCGCUGCCUCUCUCUGACCAUCUUGGCUCUCUGUUCACUCUUUUUUUUUUUUUUUUUUGCUUCUUGCAUAUUGGUCACCUCCUAAAUUAGCAAUGUCCAAGUACUUAUUCCUUAUCAAAUACUUUUCAUUAAUUUAACCCAGUACGUACCUCACUGUGGGGAAGGGGGGGAAAGAUGAAAAUUAAACUUACUUUUUAUUUAUUUGAUUCUCUUUAAGUUUCAGGUAAGCUCGAUUUUGACUAAGAUAUAUAUACAUGUAUUUUUUUAACUAUUUGUCAACUUUCAUUGUUUUUGUUUUUGUUAAAAUAUAUUCAGCAGCUGGGCUUGGUGGCUCAUGCCUGUGAUCUCAACACUUUGGGAGGCUGAGGCAGGUGGAUCACUUGAGUCCAGGAGUUCAAGACCAGCCUGGGCAACAUAGCAAAAACUCUGUCUCUACAAAAAAAUACAAAAAUUAGCUGGGUGUGGUAGCACUCUCUUGUAACAGUCCCAGAUACUUGGGAGGCUGAGGUGGGAGGAUCACCUGACCUCAGUCGGUUGAGGCUGCAGUGAGUUAUGAUCAUGCCACUGCACUCUAGCCUGGGCAACACAGUGAAACCCUGUCUCAAAAAAAAAAAAAAUCACAUUCAAGUAUAUUACACAUGCAUUUUAUAUAAUUCAUGAAUUUCAGGAAAGCUGCAUGUAAAUCUUUUUUUUAAACUAAAUCAUGUUAAAGACACUCAAAAAGUUAACUGAAAUUCUAUGGUGACUUCUUUUAUAAAAUACUAAUUUUUGGCCGGGCGCGGUGGUGGCUCACACCUGUAAUCCUAGCACUUUGGGAGGCCAAGGCAGGCGGAUCAUGAGGUCAGGAAUUUGAGACCAGCCUGACCAACAUGGUGAAACCCCAUCUCUACAAAAAAUACAAAAAUUAGCUGGGCGUGGUGGUGCACACCUGUAAUCUCAGCUACUUAGGAGGCUCAGGCAGGAGAAUCACUUGAACCCAGGAGGUGGAGGUUGCAGUGAGCCGAGAUCACGCCACUGCACUUCUGCCUGGGGGACAGAGCGAGACUCCAUCUCAAAAAUAUGUAUAUACUAAUUUUUAUCUUAGAAAUAUAGAUCAUUAUGCAUUGGGUUUUUUCAAAAGGGGGAACACUUUAGUGAACAAUAGUUUACUUGACCUUUAGUUGGAAAAGAAAACUAAUGGUGGAUAAUUUUCUGUGGCUAUGAGAAUUUGGUAGAUUGAGAGAAAGGAAGAACAUCAAUACUGCAUUUUUACUUGACAUUUAACCUGUAGAUCCUCCUAGAGGUUCGAUGCCCCCAAGACAUUCCAACACUGAGCUGUUUCUUCUUCAGGUCUUAAGCUUUGAAGACAAGCUAUACCAGCACAUCUAAAAUCGGCCUCUGCAUUUUUCUUAAACAUGAGCUGUCCAGCUUAAUCAAAACUAACUGCAAAACAGUGGGUGUACUGUUUGCAGUACAAAUAGUGAUUCAUUUGGUCUUAAAAGAAUCACUAUUACUCUGUCAUACUUUCAGAGAUUUUCACCUAAGCAUUUAAGUUGCAAACCACUACAUAUUUGUCCCAUUAGUGACUAGUGGGCCUUAAUUUUGGCAUUCAAAUUAGGGUAAAAAACCUUGGUUCUUGAAAUGCUAUAGAAAAUAGAUUGACGCCAGGCACAGUUGCUCACACUUGUAACGCCAGCACUUUCGGAGGCUGAGGCAGGCGGAUCACUUGAGGUCAGGAGUUUGAGACCAGCCUGGUCAACAUGGUGAAACCCAGUCUCUACUAAAAAUACAAAAAUAAAAUAAAAGCCAGGCAUGGUGGCAGGUGCCUGAAGUCCCAGCUAUGUGGGAGGCUGAGACAGGAGAAUUACUUGAACCCGGGAGGUAAAGGCUACAGUGAGCCUAGCUCGUGCCACUGCCACUCCAGUCUGGGCAACAGAACAAGGCGCUGUUUAAAAAAAAAAAAAAAAAAGCUUGAAAUAUCCUCCCCUUAAGAUCACAAUAUUGUUACAUGCUACCAUUUGACCCACAACUGCUGUCUUAGGGCUGCUUGUUUACAUAUAUAUGUAUUAAGACACUUUGGUCAAAACAAUUUAUUAAAUGUCUUAAAUUUCUGGAAAUGUCCCUGAAAAUACCAUGAACUACUUCUAAUACUGAUAAUUAUGAAUAAAUGUAGCUGUUGAUCACCUCAGAUUUUCAUACAAACUGAACUAAGUUAGGGUUUUAUCAUAGGGUACUUUUUGUUUCAUUUAAUGAAAUUUUGAUGUGUUGAACUGCUUUCCUGGUGUCAGAGAAACAUGAGACCAUCACUCAAUAAUGGAAAUAAAAAGGCAGAGCAGACUACUGAUCUUAAUAAAAAGAAAAUUAUUUGCUGUAUUGUAGAUGUGCACUGUAAUUUCCAUGUUAAAGAGGCACUGCAUUUUUAAGAAAUAAAAUCACACAUCUUAUUUUUUCAUUUCUAAAUGGAUAUUGAACUAAGCUCUGUAGGCAAACUUAGCUGCCUAUUUUUCCAAAUAUGUUCAGAAGCACAUCUGAAACAUCAAACUGAUUAUCAGACAAUAAAGUGCCUAAUACUUUAUUAAAUAAAGGGGGACAAGAUGAUAGUGCAGAUAUCCUAGAAAUAUGCUUUAGAAGACACAGAAACAUUGUUAAGUUGAAUUUCAUUAGUAUCAUGCAAAUGUUCCCUUCCACCACCGACUAUUAAUGUGAAAAAUGAUAUAUAGCUAGCGUUUUUUAAAAUAUCAAAUUCUCAUUAUCAUGUUUUAGCCCCCCAAAAUUACAUUUUAGACUCUUACUUUCUCUCCCUCUCCCCUUUCUUUAGCUCUUGUUUUUGUCUUGCCAGAGAAGUGUAGCUAGUAAGGGAAUGUUUCUUAUUUGUGCCAAGGGACCAUUGAUGAUGCUGUAUAAUGGCAAGAUAGUAUUUUGUAAUAACUGCUUUUUUAUAUUUCUAAUACAAAUGAGCAAAGCUAUGAAACCAAUUUACUAGGUUUUUCUGCUCUGAACAUUAUUGUACGUGUUAAUUCUUUCUAAACAGUGCCUGGCACAUAUUGCUUGCUAUGAAAGUGUUAGCUGCUACUGCUACCAUUUAUUAUUAUUAUUAUUAAAUAUCCAUUGGUUGAAAACCAAGUAGUCGGCUAAAUCAUACCUGCUACUGUACAAAAUUUUGGGGAAAAGCUCAGAAAAAUCAUUUAUCAAUAAACAGUUUUGAGAACAAGAAUUUAUACUUUGGAUAUUUUAAAAUUAUUAAAUGUUAUUGAAACUUUAUGCACCAAAACUGUAUGAAAUAAUUUUGCAGAGUUGUGUUUCUAUAUUCUAUGUAAUUAAAGCUAUUUUUAUACUAUAUUGAUAGUUUUAAAUAAAACUGAUUUGGAGGUUUGUUUGCAGUUGUAUUGCCUUUUCAUGCAUUCAUCCAACAUGUAUUUAUUGCAUAUCUACCCUGUGCCAAGCGCUGAUCUGGAUGCAGAGGCUAUAGCAAUGAAUAAAAGAGCUAAAAAUUCCUGCCUUCGUGGAGUUUAUGUUCCAAUGGGAGAGGCAUACCACAGACAAGAUAAAACUGGCUCUCCUGGGUCCCUCCACUCACUUUUCCUGCUCGGUGCUCACCGCCUCCGGACCCCUCCCUCAUCAGAAAGCCCAGGCUCCGCUAGUAGAAGUGCGCAGGCGUCACCGCGCAUCCAGAAGCCACGUGUCAGGAGUCACGUGCCAGGCAUCACGUGUCAGGCGCCACGUGUCAGGCGCCUAGUGGCUGGAGGCCGUUGGAGCGCCUGCGCAGCUUUUCCGAAUGCCCCACGCCGGCGCGCAGCUCUCCCAGCGUCCCAAGAGCCACUUUCUCGCCAGGACGAUGCUACAGCGGUUUUCAGCUUCCCUUCAUCGUCGCUCCCACACUCAUUUUUAGCCACUGCUGCCGGUUUUUAUAUCCUUCUCCAUCAUGCAUCGUGAGCCUCCGAAGAAGAAGGCAGAAAAGCGUCUGUUUGACGCCUCGUCUUUCGGGAAGGACCUUCUGGCCGGUGGAGUCGCGGCAGCUGUGUCCAAGACAGCAGUGGCGCCCAUCGAGCGGGUGAAGCUGCUGCUGCAAGUGCAGGCGUCGUCGAAGCAGAUCAGCCCGGAGGCGCGGUACAAAGGCAUGGUGGACUGCCUGGUGCGGAUUCCUCGCGAGCAGGGUUUCUUCAGUUUUUGGCGUGGCAAUUUGGCAAAUGUUAUUCGGUAUUUUCCAACACAAGCUCUAAACUUUGCAUUUAAGGACAAAUACAAGCAGCUCUUCAUGUCUGGAGUUAAUAAAGAAAAACAGUUCUGGAGGUGGUUUUUGGCAAACCUGGCUUCUGGUGGAGCUGCUGGAGCAACAUCCUUAUGUGUAGUAUAUCCUCUAGAUUUUGCCCGAACCCGAUUAGGUGUCGAUAUUGGAAAAGGUCCUGAAGAGCGACAAUUCAAGGGUUUAGGUGACUGUAUUAUGAAAAUAGCAAAAUCAGAUGGAAUUGCUGGUUUAUACCAAGGGUUUGGUGUUUCAGUACAGGGCAUCAUUGUGUACCGAGCCUCUUAUUUUGGAGCUUAUGACACAGUUAAGGGUUUAUUACCAAAGCCAAAGAAAACUCCAUUUCUUGUCUCCUUUUUCAUUGCUCAAGUUGUGACUACAUGCUCUGGAAUACUGUCUUAUCCCUUUGACACAGUUAGAAGACGUAUGAUGAUGCAGAGUGGUGAGGCUAAACGGCAAUAUAAAGGAACCUUAGACUGCUUUGUGAAGAUAUACCAACAUGAGGGAAUCAAUUCCUUUUUUCGUGGCGCUUUCUCCAAUGUUCUUCGUGGUACAGGGGGUGCUUUGGUGUUGGUAUUAUAUGAUAAAAUUAAAGAAUUCUUUCAUAUCGAUAUUGGUGGUAGGUAAUUGGGAGAGUAAAUUAAGAAAUACAUGGAUUUAACUUGUUUAACAUACAAAUUACAUAGCUGCCAUUUGCAUACAUUUUGAUAGUGUGUUGUUAUUGUCUGUAUUUUGUUAAAGUGUUAGUUUUGCAAUAAAGCAUAUAUUUUUUCAAGGAUUUAAAUACUAAAAAUCAGAUAAAUGUGGAUUUUCUUCCCACUUAGACUCAAACACAUUUUAGUGUGAUAUUUCAUUUAUUAUAGGUAGUAUAUUUUGUUAGUUUAAAAUUCUUUUUAUGAUUAAAAAUUAAAACGUAUAAUGCUGAAAUCUAAGAAAUGAAAGUAUCUUCUUUUAAAUUGCUAUUCAUUUAGUAUACCUGUUUUCCCAUCUUUUAAAGUCAUAUGGUAUGACAUAUUUCUUAAAAGCUUAUCAAUAGAUGUCAUCGUAUCUCUAGGCACAAGUAAGCUUUGUUCUAUAUCUCUUCUAAGACAGCUGUUAUUACUGUGUACAAUAUUUAUAGUAUCAGCCUUUGAUUAUAGAUGUGAUCAUUUAAAAUUUGAUAAUGACUUUAGUGACAUUAUAAAACUGAAACUGGAAAAUAAAAAUGGCUUAUCUGCUAAUGUUUAUCUUUAAAAUAAAAUCUUGCUAGUGUGAAUA